UUUCGUCAAUCUCAGUGAACGACGACGACGACGACAACAGCGAAGGACACAAGAAGAGAGGAGAGGCUGUUGUUGUUUCAUUAGCGUGUGCAGCAAGAAGCAAGCAGGAAGACUGUAUGUCAGUGCUGCCACCCACCGCUCCAUCAUCAUGGUGUCCCAGUAUGUCGGACCACUGCUGAAGGUGGUUAUCCUGGCCCUCGUCGCAGCUGUUGCGUUCAGCAGCCGCCUUUUCGCCGUCGUUCGAUUCGAAAGCAUCAUCCACGAGUUUGAUCCCUGGUUCAACUACCGCGCCACAGCGCAGUUGACGGAGAACGGGUUCUACGAGUUUUGGAACUGGUUCGAUGAGCGUGCCUGGUAUCCCCUCGGCCGCAUUGUCGGUGGCACGGUGUACCCUGGCCUGAUGGUGACGUCCGGCACCAUCCAUUUUGUGCUCAACUCGCUGCUGCACAUUCCCGUGCAUAUCCGCGACAUCUGCGUGUUCCUGGCGCCGCUCUUCAGCGGGCUGACUGCUCUGGCCACGUUUGCCUUCACCAAGGAGGUCUGGAACGACGCAGCAGGCCUCUUUGCAGCAGCCUUCAUCGGCAUUGUCCCCGGCUACAUCUCACGCUCCGUUGCGGGCUCGUACGACAACGAAGGCAUCGCCAUCUGCUUGCUCAUGACGACGUACUAUCUGUGGAUCAAGGGGGUGAAGACUGGCAGCGUGGCGUGGGCCGCACUCUGCGCCCUCGUCUACUUCUACAUGGUCGGCGCAUGGGGCGGGUAUGUGUUCAUCACCAACCUGAUUCCGCUGCACGUGCUUGCGCUGAUGGUGAUGGGCAAGUUCACGUCGCGCGUGUACACGGCCUACACCACCUGGUACAUCCUCGGGCUCAUCCUCUCCAUGCAGAUUCCGUUUGUCGGGUUUCUGCCGCUCAAGACGAGUGAGCACAUGGCUGCAUUUGGCAUGUUUGGCCUCUGCCAGAUCUACCAGUUUGUCUCGUAUGUCCAGACCAAGGUCUCUAAGGCCCAGUUCCAGACGCUGGCGUGGUCUGUCUUCUACGGGGCGCUUGCGCUUGCUGUCCCCGGGCUGAUGGUGCUGACGCACCUCGGAUAUGUCGCCCCCUUUCAGUGGCCGAUUCUACUCCCUCUGGGACACCCGUGCGCUCACUGUCCAGCGCAGCGCUAUCAGGGCAGGUGGUAUCUGGGGUCGCGGUCAAUGUGUCCGCGCUGGACGUGUGUGCGUGUGCUUGUUGUCUUCGGGGGGCGUGUGCGUGUGCGUGUGUUGGUGGUGGUUGUUGUUGUGGUGGUGGUGGUGGUUGUUGUGGUGGUGGUGGUGGUGGUUGUGGUUGUUGUUGUUGUUGUUGUUGUUGUUGUUGUUGUUGUUCGUCCUGACGGGAGCCGCAACAUCCUGGAUGACUUCCGCGAGGCGUACUACUGGCUGCGCAUGAACACUGUCGACGACGCCAAUGUGAUGUCGUGGUGGGACUACGGCUACCAGAUUGCCGGCUUUGCCAAUCGCACCACUCUUGUUGAUAACAACACUUGGAACAACAGUCACAUUGCUCUGGUUGGUAUGGCCAUGUCAUCGAACGAGACGCGCGCGUAUGAGAUUAUGCAGGAGCUCGGCGUCAACUACGUCCUCGUCAUCUUUGGCGGCGUGAUUGGCUACUCCGGCGACGACAUCAACAAGUUCCUCUGGAUGGUCCGCAUCGCACAAGGGGAGCAUCCGCACGAGAUCAAGGAGUCUGAGUACUUCACGCCGCGCGGAGAGUACCGGGUUGACGCAGAGGCGCCCGAGCGCAUGAAGACCUGCCUCAUGUACAAGCUCUCCUAUUACCGCUUUGGCGAAGUCGCACAGGGGUGA